GGCCAGCCCGGCCGGCGGGAGCCGCCCGCGGGCGGCACUGGGCAUGCUCAGACGGCGGCCAGGUCGCGCCGCGAGCGAGCUUCCGCGCCGCCCGCACGCGCGACCUACCUGGGCGCCCCGCGCCCCCGGAUGCUGCAGGUUAUUCAACUAUAGUUAUGACCUCCCGGUUACGUGCGUUGGGUGGAAGAAUUAAUAAUAUACGCACCUCAGAAUUACCCAAAGAGAAAACUCGAUCCGAAGUCAUCUGCAGCAUUCGCUUUUUAGAUGGCUUGGUACAGACCUUUAAAGUUAAUAAACAAGAUACUGGUCAAGUUCUUCUGGAUAUGGCGUACAGCCACUUGGGUGUGACCGAGAGAGAGUUCUUUGGUUUGCAGCACGGAGAAGACCCCGUGGAUUCGCCCAGAUGGCUGGAAUCAAGCAAACCCAUCAGGAAGCAGUUAAAAGGAGGUUUCCCAUGUACCCUGCAUUUUCGAGUAAGAUUUUUUAUACCUGAUCCCAACACACUGCAGCAAGAACAAACCAGGCAUUUGUAUUUCUUACAACUGAAGAUGGAUAUUUGUGAAGGAAGGUUAACCUGCCCUCUUAACUCAGCAGUGGUUCUAGCAUCCUAUGCAGUACAAUCUCAUUUUGGAGACUAUAAUUCUUCCAUUCAUCAUCCGGGCUAUCUUUCUGAUAGUCAAUUUAUACCAGAUCAGAACCAUGACUUUUUAACGAAGGUGGAAUCGCUCCAUGAGCAACACAGUGGGCUGAAGCAAUCAGAAGCUGAAUCUUGCUUUAUCAACAUAGCACGGACCCUCGACUUCUAUGGUGUGGAACUACACAGUGGAAGGGAUCUGCACAACUUAGAUCUAAUGAUUGGAAUCGCUUCUGCGGGCAUUGCUGUGUACCGAAAAUAUAUUUGCACAAGUUUCUAUCCUUGGGUGAACAUCCUAAAAAUUUCUUUCAAAAGGAAAAAGUUCUUUAUACAUCAGCGACAAAAACAGACUGAAUCCAGGGAACAUAUUGUGGCCUUCAACAUGUUAAAUUACCGAUCUUGCAAAAACUUAUGGAAAUCCUGUGUCGAGCACCAUACAUUCUUUCAGGCAAAGAAGCUACUACCUCAGGAAAAGAAUGUUGUGUCUCAGUACUGGACUAUGGGCUCUAGGAACCCCAAAAAGUCUAUAAAUAACCAGUAUUGCAAAAAAGUGAUUGGAGGGAUGGUAUGGAACCCAGCCAUGCGGAGAUCUUUAUCAGUGGAACAUUUAGAAACCAAGAGUCUACCUUCUCGGUCCCCUCCUGUUACUCCCAACUGGCGAAGUCCUCGGCUCCGGCAUGAGAUCCGAAAGCCACGGCAUUCUUCUGCAGAUAACCUAGCCAACGAGAUGACAUACAUCACUGAAACCGAAGAUGUGUUCUACACAUACAAGGGCUCCCUGUCCCCGAAAGACAGCGAUUCCGAGGUUUCUCAGAACCGAAGCCCACAGAGAGAGAGUAUAUCCGAGAACAAUCCAGCACAAAGCUGCCUGACCCAGAAGUCAUCCAGUUCUGUGUCUCCAUCUUCAAAUGCUCCAGGCUCCUGCUCACCAGAUGGCGUUGAUCCGCAGUUUUUAGAGGACUUCCACAGGGUGACCAAAGGGGGCUCCAUUGAGGACUCCAGCCAAUACUACUGUGACAAGAAUGAUAAUGGUGACAGCUACUUAGUCUUGAUCCGUAUCACACCAGAUGAAGAUGGAAAAUUUGGAUUUAAUCUUAAGGGGGGAGUGGAUCAAAAGAUGCCUCUUGUAGUAUCAAGGAUAAACCCAGAGUCACCUGCGGACACCUGCAUUCCUAAGCUGAACGAAGGGGAUCAAAUUGUGUUAAUCAACGGCCGUGACAUCUCAGAACACACGCACGACCAAGUGGUGAUGUUCAUCAAAGCCAGCCGGGAGUCUCACACGCGGGAGCUGGCCCUGGUGAUCCGGAGGAAAGCUGUCCACUCAUUUGCUGAGAUCAAAUCUGAGGACGAACUGAACCAACUUUUCCCAGAGACCAUUUUCCCCAUGUGUCCAGAGGGAGGGGACACUCUGGAGGGAUCCAUGGGACAGCUAAAGAAGGGCCUCGAAAGCGGGACGGUGCUGAUCCAGUUUGAGCAACUUUAUAGAAAGAAGCCUGGUUUGGCCAUCACGUUUGCAAAGCUGCCUCAAAAUUUGGACAAAAACCGAUACAAGGAUGUGUUGCCUUAUGACACCACCCGGGUAUUAUUGCAGGGAAAUGAAGAUUAUAUUAACGCGAGUUAUGUGAACAUGGAAAUUCCUGCUGCUAACCUUGUGAACAAGUACAUUGCUGCUCAGGGACCCCUGCCGCAUACCUGUGCUCAAUUUUGGCAAGUCAUCUGGGAUCAGAAGUUAUCACUCAUUGUCAUGUUGACGACUCUCACAGAGCGAGGGCGGACCAAAUGUCACCAGUACUGGCCUGACCCUCCCGACGUCAUGGAACACGGCAGCUUUCACAUCCGUUGCCAGUCAGAGGAUUGCACCAUCGCUUACGUGUUCCGAGAGAUGCUGGUCACGAACACUGAGACCCGGGAAGAGCACACCGUGACCCAUCUCCAGUAUGUGGCCUGGCCCGACCACGGCGUUCCCGACGACUCCUCAGACUUCCUGGAAUUUGUAAACUAUGUGCGGUCCCUGAGAGUGGAUGGUGAACCCGUCUUGGUUCACUGCAGUGCUGGAAUAGGUCGAACCGGUGUGUUGGUCACCAUGGAAACAGCCAUAUGCCUAAUUGAGAGAAACCUUCCCGUUUACCCACUGGAUGUUGUCCGAAAAAUGCGAGACCAGCGCGCCAUGAUGGUGCAGACAUCAAGCCAGUACAAGUUUGUGUGUGAAGCGAUUCUUCGUGUUUAUGAAGAAGGCUUAGUCCAAAUGCUGGAUCCCAGUUAAGACAACUGUGAAAACGUUCAUUUCUCUUUCCCAAGGCAUCCUCCUUAAGGACAGACCUCUGGAAGCAGCAAGAGGAAUCUAUAGGCUGUGGGAAAGGAAUGAGCACAUUUGAACACUGGCACUUUAAAAUCUAUAGAAAAAGUAUCAUGUACAUAGGAACUGUGUAGAUACGCAUGCCCUUAGAACAUCAUUUAGGCCCACUAUUUCUCUGGAGAGACAUAAGCAAAGGGGGAUCAGUUUGUGCCUGUCCUAAUGCCUUCCUCUCUAGACAUCCCCAUGUUCCUAUAAACCAUCCUUAGGCAGUCGAGAGGGGACACCAGUGGUGCUGUUGCCUCCCAGGAACAGUGUGGCUGUUUAGAGUUACCUGGAUGUUUUGUGUGUGUAUAAGACUUUAAGGGCCAAGUUUCUGUGCUUGGAGGCGGGGCUGGAACAAUCAGGGUUCACCCACCCCAAUGUCAAGGAAACCCCGGUGACUGCUGCACAGCAGGGCAGUGGGAUUUCAGGCUGAAGGAUGAGCAGUACCUUUUUUGCCCUCCCUGCCUCCCUCCCAUCUCCCUGCCACGUCCAAGAUUUGUGUUUCUGAGAAUUAUGUCCACAGGGCCCCGCUUUCUCCUUGCAUCAAUGAUCUCUUCAGGUUCCCAUGCAGCGCCCGAACCGGAUCAGUGAGGUAGGUUCAGGCAAAGUUGCAGUUGAGACUCUGAGGACAGGAACUCCUAUGUCGUCUCGUCAUCUGUGCGUUAGUUUUCAGAGCAAGUGCUUACCUCUUGCUGUGCAUUCAGCACCUAAGACUGGAAUUAUCAACUACUGAAUCUACUAUGUGGAUUGCUGCUAUUUCAAGCUAUUACACUUGAAACAUUAUGAUUUUCCUGAGGGGAGAUGGGCUGUCAUCUAAAAAUUUAGAGUCUUUGGCCCUUCUGGGGAAAGAUAUGCUCGUCUUUUUCCCAUUAAACCAUGGGAAACCCGGCUUCUGGAGGGUUGUCCCUGGAUGUGUGUGGAUAUGUGUGUGUGCCCGUGGGUGAGUGUUCUCAGGACUCCUAACUUGAUUCAAAUUACUGUUGGAUUUAUAUAAAGAAUGAGUCUCUGUAUAGAAGAACAAAUGUGUGCAUUCACCCUCAGUUAAAAUGGUCUCCAUUUCAUUUCAAAGGAGAGGAUCAGACUAUCUGAAUAUAAACACAACUUGAUGUUAAUUUAUUCUAAGUACACCAUGAUUUUGAUUGUCCUAAAGAAUUCUGCCUUUGUUAAUACUGUGUUAAAUUUUUUAAAAAUUUGUGACAGGAUUGUAGCAAAUUAUUAUUUAAGGAAAAUAAAUUACGUAAAAAUUUUAAUGUGGUAUUUUUAAAUAGCGGUUUUUCCUCCAGCAGAGGAAGCUAAGCCAGUUUCUUAAGAGGAUUUAUAGAAAAAGGAUGCUUUUAUAUUAAGGUACACAGAAGUGAAGCCAUUUUGAGUACUGACCCGAUUUCAAGAUUAGAUCUGUACUGUGGGAGCCUGGUUUCUAAAGGAUCUUUAUCUCCAGGUCUAACAUAUUUACUUGUGUACUUUCCAUCUUUUCCCCGAAGGUAUUUUCCUGCUAAGUGACACGGAUGGGAGGGAGACGUUACACAGUACAGUAACCCCAUCCAUGUGGGCAUAGUGCUGGGGUAGCGCAAUGAGCCAGGAGAGUUUGGAGCUAAGUGGUAGGAGGUUAGGUUCAGUGACUAGCUCUAGGCCAACUCACGCAGCAAUGCUACCUCAGUUCCCUCAUCUCUAAAAUAGGAAACAUUUUUUUUUAAUUAAAAAAUAAUGCUGAGGACCUUAAGCUGAAAUAUGGGGAUUAAAUAAAAUCAUGCUAUCAGUGUGAACUUUUACCAGUGGAAAUCUGAUUAGCACUGCUGUGGAUGAGUUACUUGAUAAACUUAAACUUAUCAGUGAUUAGCCCAAAAAAAAAAAACAACCCCUGAAACAGAAGUAGAAUCAUAUGGGUGACUAUAAUUGCUUUUCUUUCAGAGAGCACAAAAGCACAAAGGAAUAUAAAACCACUAUCUUGUUCACUCUGGACUCUGAAAACUUCUAACAGUAAAGCACCAAAAAAGAAGGGAAGACAGGAAAGCUGACAUAAAGUUAGAUGCCAUCAGGAUAUCUACCCUGUGUGCAAAAAUCCUGAGAAGUCUAAAUGUGUUUGGAGAUUUGUGUCUUAUUGGUUUUUUAAUUGUUUAACAUGGUUUACAGAAAUACUACCGUUAUGUCACAUAAAUGUCUUAAAAGGCUGCAACUAGCUUAUUUCUGCCCCAGUAUAGGUCAGUAGUUCAGACCCAGCAGAUAGAUGUUGACAUGGAACGAAACUCAUGAAAUACUAAGGAAGAACAAGACAAGCAUAUUAUCUAAAGGGGCAAAAUAAUACAGAUGAAUUUCCAUAGCUCAAGAUUGCUACUUUACCACCUUACAGACUUAAGCAAUUAUACUUAAGCAUUUUUUAGUCCCAAGUAAAAAACAUGAAAAUCAAGAUAAAUGUUUUGCCUGGGAAAUUUGGCUGGGUGUGAAUGGAGAAGGCAUGUGCAGCCUGCGCUCUGGCACUGUCUGCAAGGUCUAAGUAGACAUGUCAGUGUGCUGACUUCUAAGAUGGGGGACCCCCUCCUGGUGUCGCUCUGGAGAACCUGGUCUUGGAUCACACACUUGUGCUGGUCUUUCAUUCCUACCACAGUAAUUUAUACUUAAAUUUGCUUUUAGAUUAGUAUAGACCCUGUUGCUGCUAUGUUACUACUUGACAUUGUUCUGUUCCACAGAAACUGUCAAUUGAGAGCAAGGAACAAUGAGGCAGCAUCAAUGGGGAAAGAUGGGAAGCGACAGGAUGUGGGCAAGAUGUGUCACCCAGGGCCCUCGCUUUCCUUAUAUAUGAAAGGGGCAGGCAGGGCUGCGCUAGACAAGUUACUUGGUUUUUCCAGCAUUUGCCAUUCUGGGAGUCUGUAUUCUAGAGAAUCUAAAUUAAUCCUACACCGUGCUGUAUAGCUAUAGGAGAGAGAUGUAUCCCAUUUCUUUGACUUGUCCCCAAGAGAUUGUCCCUCAAGCCUUGGCGCUGUUGAAUGCAAAAACAAGGGUUGUCACCCUCUGGUUCUUAACAUCCUAAGCCAAGAAAAGACUCAAUAAAGAUAGCAAAGAUUCUGACCUCAGCCUGAGAAUCCAAACACGUGGGAGUCUGAGGGCUGGACGGACCGUCCACCAGCUUCAUAACUCACAUUCUGUUUGGGCAACAAAAGGAUUUAUGUUACAUAGUUUUGAAAAUUAUCUUAAUCAGCAAUAUUUCUUCUGUAAAUUUAGAGUCGUUUCCAUUCUGACCUGUCAGUGACUCUGCUGAAAUAUAAUUUGAUCAAUAUAAAAACAUUCAAGCUAUG